CAGCAGGCCGCUGGCCUCCCACAAAAUGUUUGUACCUACUGCGGGUGGAUUUGCGGUUCCAGGAUCAGACUCCUGAGUCAUCUCAGGACCCAUAUACAAAUCUGUGGUAUAGAUCAUCCUCUAAUCGAGGGAUUGCUAAUCAUCAUAAAGCAGACACUUGCUUAGAAGUUCACUGUCCUGCACAUGAACUUGGCAAAGGCAUAGCUAGCGUUGCUGAAAAACAGGCACUCCCAGGAAGUCCUAGGCCCUGGGUAUUCAUAUAAACACAUUCCGGAAGGAAAGCUCAGGUCCACCCUAGCACAGAGGUGCGAUAUAAGCACAAUCCUGGGAGCUGGCACAGGAACACACGACCCCAAGUAAGACAAGGAUGGGAGGACAGGCUGAUGGAUGAACUUGUUUGUAUUGAUGUAUGGAAGGAGAAGUCGCUGGAGGGGCACCUGUGUCCAGCUGAGGGGGCUGCAGAAAGUCCCGCUGCUGGCUGAGCUGGUCCAUUGUCAUAGGCAUACAUGUGCUAGUGUACCUGUAACCAGGGAGCCACGGUGCUAGGACCAUACUUGGUCAACAAUAAUCCUGGGCAAGGGCCUUUGCCGCCGAACCAAGUGUGUGGUCUUUGUAGGUAGUGCUAUCAAGGUCUUCUGGGCCAGCUACCUGUGCAGGGCUGGGACAGCACGCAGAGAGAACACACACACCCAACUGUCACUACUGAGAACCCACUGAUGCAUGACUGAGUCACAAAGGUCCUCCUGAUGUCACAGGACAAGGACAAUAGAAAAGGCAGAUCUCUCUCCUGCUCAGCGGCUGGUGAGAGGAGAGGGCUAGAAGUGUCUCCAGGCAGGGACCCAAAGUCUGAGUGACUGACAGGAUACUCUCUGCCUCGUUCUGCCACCAUGAAGUUCCAGAGGAAGAGGGAUAUCAAGCAGCAGAUCCGGGAGCUGCGUGCCAUCAUCUCACUGCAAGAGCAAGGGAAGAAGCUUUUUGCACAUUCGACGGAGGAGAAGCUCACUCAGAACAAAGGGCUCAUCAGCUUCCUGCGCGGGAAUGUGCACGACGAGAUGUGCACCCUGGGCGUGGCUCAGAAGUACGACCAGGUGACGAUUUCCCAGGCAUGCUGGGAUCAAAAGCACUUGAAGAUGCAUUUAGCCAGGAGCACCGUGGAGGCUGCCCGAGAGAAGCUGCAAAACUCCAUCUUUGACAGGAUGAACGUGCACAACGUGCUGCUGUACGAGGUGACGAGGCGGGGCGGGAUGCUGGAGGAGCUGCAGCGAAAGCUGCAACACCUGGCAGACAUGGAAGGAGCAGACAGACAGGGCCAGAUACAGCUGCAGGUGAUUCGUCAGCUGGAGAAUAACAUAGAGAAAAUGCUGAUGAAAAUCAGGACUGGUGAAAAGAUUUAUUACCUGUAUCUGAAGAUGGUGGAUUUCCUGAAGGAUGAAUUAGCCCAGCUCCCUUUGCAGCUGGACGUCCUUCAGCACAUGGUAGAAGUCUACCAGGUGGAGCUGAAGGGCAUGAGACUGAUGGCUGUGGAUGCCACCGAAGCGACAGAAGCAGCCAAGAUGGACAUGACCAAUAUGGAAACCGAAUUCAUUGCAGAGAGAAGGUUCAGGGAGAAUUCCCUAAACUUCCAAAAGAAGCAGAUUGACAGGAUCCGGGUCAAGGAUGCGAGCGAGCGGCACAGGAGAGUGCAGGCCAGGCGAGAGCUCAAUGUGGAUUUCCCAGUCCUGAUAUUGCGUGAGUCGCUGAAAGGUGCAAAGCUGGAGGCCUCCAAAGCCCAGAUUGAGCAUCAGGCCCAAGUGACGUCUGAGGUAGACAAGAUAAAGUGUGCAGUGCAGUGCUCACAUCUCUGGGACAUCGCAGGGAGGUUCCUGGCCCAGCAGAAGACUGGGGAGAACCUGCAACAGCAGAUAGUGGAGUGUGAGCAGAAGCGUGAGGAGCUGGAGGCCAAGCUGAAGGAGCUGGAACUGGAACGUGCUGAGCUGAAAUUCCACCAGACCCCAAGCUCCAUAAGCUCUAGAAAACUGGCGGAAGAACUGAAGAAGAAUUUGGAGGCGGAAGAGGUCCGGCUACACCAAGUGCACACCCAAAUGCUGAAGAAUCAGGAGCUUCUGCUCAGCUUUGAAAAUGGCGUUGACAACCUCCUAAUUCGCCUGUGCGGGAUCACUGUGCCUGGCCAUGGUGACAUUCGCGUGGACACCAGUGACACUUACGACAAGCUGCAGUUCUGUGAGACAAAGCUGCUGCACUUGACAGAGGUCAUGACCCACCUUCCAUCCUACAACUUCAGCAGGGAGGAGAACAAUGAGACCUAUGUGAAAGUUAGGAAUUUCCUGGAGGAAAGUACAAGGAAUGAGCGUCAGAACCUGAAGAUUUCUUUUGAGGAUGAAGAAGAUGCUGUUAGAGAUGCCUUUGAUUUUGCGGACAUUGACCACAGCUACGUGCCCAACCGGGACGAGAUCAAAAAGCAGGGUGUGCGCCUGAUUGAAACCGUGACCAAGGCUGCCAAGAAGAAGCAGCGAGGAGGCCGGAAAGGCGCCUAA